AUGGCCAAUAAUAAUAGCCAAGACCAGCGCUACACACGGCUAGAGAAACUGGGCGAAGGCACCUACGCCACUGUAUUCAAAGGAAAGAAUCGCUUGACUCAUGAAAUUGUAGCAUUGAAGGAAAUUCACUUGGAUUCAGAAGAAGGCGCGCCAUCCACAGCCAUCAGAGAAAUCUCAUUGAUGAAAGAGCUCAAACACCCUAAUAUCCUACGACUUCAGGAUGUUAUUCAUACCGAAAACAAGUUAAUGCUGGUGUUCGAACACAUGGACCAAGACUUGAAAAAAUACAUGGAUACUAUCGGCCGUGCAAACCAUGGUGCUUUGGAUCCUCAGACUAUAAAAUCAUUCAUGUAUCAGUUACUGAAAGGUAUCGCGUUUUGUCAUGAUAACCGGGUGCUUCAUCGUGACCUGAAACCUCAAAACUUGCUCAUCAACAAACGCGGAGAGCUAAAGCUGGGUGACUUUGGCCUCGCACGUGCCUUUGGCAUUCCCGUCAACACCUUUUCAAACGAAGUCGUUACCCUGUGGUAUAGAGCUCCCGAUGUCUUAUUAGGGUCACGUACAUAUUCGACUACAAUUGACAUUUGGUCAUCCGGUUGUAUCAUGGCGGAGAUGUAUACUGGAAGACCACUCUUCCCUGGUACCACCAACGAGGAUCAACUGCUCAAGAUCUUUAGAACGAUGGGUACCCCCACCGAACAGACAUGGCCAGGCGUCAGUCAGUUCCCAGAAUACAAGCAAACUUUCCCAAUGUACCCUGCUCAACAUAUUAAUACCAUUUUGCCCAUGGUCGAUGCCUAUGGCUUGGAUCUACUCAACAGAAUGUUACAAUAUCAACCACAUUUGAGAAUAUCUGCGAAAGACGCUUUAACUCAUGUUUAUUUCAACGAUGUCAGAUCUUUCUUUGGAUAG